AUGUUUAAAUUUUUCAAGAAACACCCUCCAAAGGAGGGGGAGGAACGUGAAAAACUGAAGAAGGAAUUGUUCGGAUUCAGAAAGUGCAUUGAUCAUGGAUUUCCCAGCAAACCAAGUGCUAUGGCUUAUGAUCCUAAAUUGCGUCUGCUGGCCAUUGGUACUAAAUCUGGAGUAUUGAAAGUUCUUGGUAGACCUGGAGUAGAAUUUACAACACAGCAUGAUCAAGAUGUAACAGUUGUUCAGUUGUUUUUCUUACAAGAACAGGCUCGUUUGAUAAGUUUUUGCAGUGACAACUCACUUCAUUUAUGGGAAACAAAUGUCAGAGGUGGUAAGACUGUUUUAGAGGAAGUGAAAUCAUAUACAAUUUUGAUGAAACUUAAAAUGGAUGUUUCGUUUGUACCAUCCGCAUGCCGUGCUGUAUCCACUUGUUGUCUAUCUAUUAAUGGUGAACAGUUGUAUCUAGGUACAGAAGGUGGUAAUAUACAAAUAUUAGAUGUGAACACCUUUACUCUCAGUGAACAAGUUAUUCAACAAGAUGUUGUUAUGCAGAAUGUACCAGAUGAUUUUAAAGUGAAUCCAGGAGCAGUAGAAGCUAUAGCUGUACAUCCUACAAAUCCUGAUAAACUAUUGAUAGGAUAUAACCGAGGAUUAAUAGUUUUGUGGGAUAAUAAAGACUUCAAUGCCAACCAGACUUACAAUGUUUCUAGGCAAUUGGAAAGUUUAGAUUGGCAUCGUAAUGGUAAAGAAUUCUCCUCAGCUCAUUCUGAUGGUAGUUACAGUGUUUGGAAUGUUGAAGAUUCUUCUAAACCUGAUAAUGAACAAACACCUUAUGGACCAUUCCCGUGUAAAGCUAUCACUAAAUUUGAACGUAGAACAGCUAAGGCUGAUCCUUUCCUGAUAUUUUCUGGUGGUAUGCCUAGAGCUAGUUACGGUGAUAGGCAUACAGUAACUGUGAUGCAAGGAGAGAGUCAUACAGUAUUUGAGUUUACAUCUCGUGUUAUAGAUGUUAUAACUUUAAAUAGAUCAGAUGAAACAGAUUAUAAAGAUGAACCCCAUAGUUUAGUAGUACUAGCUGAAGAAGAAUUAGUUGUCAUUGAUUUAGAUUCUGUAAACUGGCCAACAUUUAAACUACCCUAUUUACAUAGUAUUCAUUCCUCGGCUAUCACAUGUUCACAACAUAUUAACAAUGUACCAGAUCAGUUAUGGCAUAAAAUACAAGAUGCGGGAGAGUCACAGCUUAAAAAUCUAUCACAAAGGACAUGGCCUAUAAAUGGUGGUAGAAAUGAUGUGAAGGACAGUAACAAUAGAGAUUUAUUGUUGACUGGUCAUGAAGAUGGUACAGUAAGAUUCUGGGAUGCCUCAGCAUCUAAUUUAACACUAUUAUAUAAGUUAUCUACUGCAUCAUAUUUUGGUGGUGAUGUGUCUGGAGAUCAAAAUUCUGCAGAAGAGGAAGAGGAAUGGCCUCCAUUUAAAAAGGUUGGAACGUUUGAUCCCUACAGUGAUGAUCCAAGGCUUAGUAUACAGAAAGUAACGUUAUGCCCUCUAAGUGAGACUUUAGUCUUAGCUGGUACAGCUGGUCAAGUCAUUACCUUUCAAAUGGAAAGAGAAGAGAGGGAACAGGAAGUUAAAUCUACUACUGUUAAUAUUGUUAGUGAUAGAGAUAGUUUUGUAUGGAAGGGACACGAAGCUCUAGUACCUAAAGAGGGAGAUGUUAAGUUUGCUGCAGGAUUUCAACCUAUUGCUAUGAUGCAACUGUAUCCACCAGCAGCUGUUACUGCUUUAUCUUUACACUCAGAAUGGCAAAUUAUUGGAGCUGGUACUGCUCAUGGUUUUGGUUUAUAUGAUUAUAUACAAAAGAAAGAAGUAACAUCAAGAUGUACAUUAAACCCCACAGAUUUAACAGGAACAUCAGAAACCGCCAUGUCUCGACGUAAAUCAUUAAAAAAAUCAUUACGAGAAUCAUUCCGAAGAUUACGUAAAGGAAGAUCUGAAAGAAGACCUAGAGAUAACAAAGCUAAAAUGUAUACUGAAACACCAGCUGAAGGAGCAGCAGCUGUAGCUGGUACACCAGAACCUAAACCAGUAGAAAGACAAAUAGAAGCUAGAAGUAAUGAAGAUUCUAUGUCUUCUAUGGUCAGAUGUAUUUAUUUUGCAGAUACUUAUAUAGUGAAUGGUGCUCCUAACAACCCAUCUAUGUGGAUUGGUACCAAUGGUGGACAUGUUUAUAUUUAUAAUUUAACUAUACCUAGUAGUGAUAAGAGACCUGAUUAUGCUGUAACUUGUCAACUUGCUAAAGAAAUAAAAUUAAAACAUCGUGCUCCAGUAAUAAGUAUGGUAGUUAUUGAUAGUAGGGCUAGAAUAUUACCUGAUCCAUUAGAAGUACAACAUGAGAAAGCCAAGGCACCAGAUAUGUCUGGAUCACACAGUGUUAUUAUCUGUUCAGAAGAACAACUAAAGACAUUCACAUUACCAACAUUAAAACCUAAAUGGAAAUCUAAAAUCACAGCUCAUGAUGGGUCCAGAAUAAGAAGAAUAGGUUUUGUUAAUUUUAGAAGUAAAAGUGCUGAUAACUACAGUGAAUUUGAUAUAGCCUGUUUAAGUAAUCUAGGUGAAAUAAGUGUUUAUUCCAUCACAUCAUUAAGACAACAAAUGCAUGUUCCUGCUGUUAAAAAGGAAGAUAUCAAUGGUAUAGCUUCAUUUAUCUUCACUAAAGAUGGUCAAGCAUUCUAUUUGAAAUCAUCAUCUGAGUUUGAUCGUAUUACAUUAAGCCCACGUCAUGUCACAUUAGCACUUGGUAUGUUAGAGUUGAAAGAUGGUAUGAGACCAGAUCCUGAACCUGAGGCAGAACAUAUUGAUGAGUAA